AUGGAGUUAGAUAAAUGUUUGGAAGUGUUAUACAAGGGACAGUUACUACCAGAAGUUACAAUAAGAGCAUUAUGUUUUAAGUUCAAAGAGUUGUUGAUUAAGGAAUCUAACGUUAUACACAUUCAAACACCUGUAACUGUUGUUGGUGAUAUGCAUGGUCAAUUUCAUGAUCUUUUAGAGAUGUUCAGUAUUGGUGGACGUAUUCCAGAUACAAAUUAUUUGUUUUUAGGUGAUUAUGUAGAUCGUGGUCUAUAUAGUAUUGAAACGAUUAUGUUAUUGAUUGUGCUGAAAUUGAGAUACCCGAAUAGAAUACAUUUAUUACGAGGAAAUCAUGAAUCCAGGCAAAUCACUCAAAGUUAUGGGUUUUAUACUGAAUGUUUGAAUAAGUAUGGUGGAAAUUCUAAAGUAUGGACUUAUUUAACUGAUGCAUUUGAUUAUUUGGUAUUGUGUUGUAUUAUAGAUAAUGAAUUAUUUUGCGUUCAUGGUGGUCUAUCACCGAAUGUGCAAACGAUAGAUCAAAUUAAAAUUAUAGAUAGAUUUAGAGAGAUACCACAUGAUGGUGCUAUGGCAGAUCUUGUAUGGUCAGAUCCAGAAGAGAGUGACCAUCUUAAUCCCGAGAAUGGCAUGGAUCCAAAUAAUUUAGAAGAAUUUUUUAAGCCUACAUCUAAUCAAUUCCAAGUGUCUCCAAGAGGUGCAGGGUACACUUUUGGUCGAGCCGUAGUCGAGAAAUUUUUAGAGUCCAACAAGAUGUCACGUAUAUAUAGAGCACAUCAAUUAUGUAAUGAUGGCUACCAGGUAUAUUUUGAUGGACUAGUCACUACAGUAUGGUCAGCCCCGAACUAUUGUUAUAGAUGUGGGAAUAAAGCUUCAAUUUUGGAACUUUAUAGUACGAAUAAAUUUUAUUUCAAUGUAUUUGAAGAAGCACCUGAAAAUAAAUUACUAAAAGAAAAUUUCAAUAAUACUUAUGAUGAUUCUGGAAGAAUAACAAGUAAAGUGAUCAAUGAUUAUUUUAUUGAUGAUGGAUCUGAUGAUGAGGAUGAAUCUUUUAGAGAUGUGGAUGUCUUCUCGGAAGAGUAUCAGGCAAGAUCUGCCUCCUUAAGAAGUGUACAAUAUUUCUUAUGA